AUGAGUCGCGAGAAGGCAGAUCCCAGUGAGAAGCCAAAGGGCGACCUCAAAUCACUGGUGGUUGAGCCGACGGAAGUGCUCUUCCCUCGCAACGCCGGCUUCAACAUUGUCAUCCUCAAAAACAACGGGCCGAAGGCGAUCGCUUUUAAGGUUGGUUCGACGGAACCGUCGACGUAUCUCUGCAAGCCGAAGGCCGCCAUCUUGGAGCCAAACAUCUCAUGCCCGCUCGAGAUUGCCAGAACGCCUGGGAAAACGCAGCUAAAAGACGAGCGUCUGGUCGUGCGUUACGUCGAGAUUGAUGGGGAUUACAACGAUGAAAAAGAGAUGACGAAGGCGUUCACGGCGCUCCAGAAGAGCGGCAACGGCAACGUGUUCGUCAUCCUGAAAACGAGGGACCCGCCCAAA